AUGUCGGGAGAAGAAGAAAAAACCUCCUUCGUCGGUCGCAACAGCAAAGUCUGGUUCCUCUGGACGUGGGCGUUACUCGUCUUCGUCCUCGACGGGAUCGUCUACGCCACGGAUGCCCCGCCCGGGGAAUCCGACUGGGAAUACGGAGGCGGGUUGAUGUUGAUGGUGCUCAUCGUCGCGUGCUUUUGGGGAGUGUUUUCCAUCCGAAAAACCGAGAAUAACUUUAAAGCGGAAGCGAAGAGGAAGGCGGAGACGAAAACCUUGGCGGAGUUGAUGAGCAUUAACAUGGGCGCGUAA